AUGGGAUAUGGAAGCCGAAGGCCUGCUCAAACACCUUUGCUGUCUGCAGUUACCAAGAUAAAACAUCUCCAGUUCACAGAGGAACACAAGGAUUGGACGGUUGAUCAUCGGGAAAAAAAGUCAAUGGAGCAUUUGUGGGAUGAAGUUAAAAGAGCCACCAGGCAGCUGGUUCCACAACCAUCAAAUCUCACAGAACUGGACAGUGCUAUUUAUCAGGCAUGGUGUCAGAUUCCUUACAUCACCUUUCAACAUCUCAUGGAGUCAAUGCCAAGAAGAAUCACCACAGUAUUGAAGGCAAAAGGUGGCCCAAUGAAGUCCUUAUGGGGUGAUCAUAAUAAGCUGGCCACUCAGUGUGUACAUUAG